AUGAUUCCAAUUUCUGAUGCAACUCUAGAUCAAGAACUAUGUAAUACUGGUCAUUCGUUACGGUGGAUUCUAAAGACACUGGAGAAGCAUUGCGAUGAUUAUGUUAGUACUAAAGGAAAUAGUAAGGUUGAUGAGGUUAGUUUUUUUAGUUUCGAACAACUUUGGACAGUUUUGCUAGCUUUUUGUUGGCAAAGCUGUCUGUGAUUUUACUUAACUAUGAAGUGUAAGGUAUACAUAUAGACCCUAAACCUGAAAAAAACAGUCACUAGGUCUGGCCCGAGCCUGGACUGGACUGAGCAUGGCAAGGCCCAGGUAAAUUCAAAAAAUAUCAGGCUGAAAAUUCAGUCCAGUCCUACCCAUUUACAGGUCUAAUGGAGCCAAAGGAUUUAUUGCAAAAAGAAACAAUUAGUGAAAAACUUGACGCAUGGUCAAGUGUUUACAAACAAAAAGUUGUUCGCAGAAUUUUACAAAAUCUAACUUUUAGGUUGAUGUAAAUCCGAUAUCAGAAGGCAAAGGUUACUUUUCUCGAGUAUUUAUUGUAAAAUUUACCUUUGAUAACGAUAGAUCAUUCAAUGUGGCUUUAAAAGUGCCAACUUUCGAUGCUCUAGAGAAUUGGAUCAAUACCAGGAAGAGCUCUGAAGCUGUAAGUUGAGUUAACUGCUUGCUUUAUGUUAAUUUAUGAUUGUGUAUGAAUAGUUUUAGGCAGAUAGUUUCUGUCGAAAUUAGAGUUUUGAAAUUUAAUUUUUUUGACUUUGGCUUCAGCUCUAGCUUUGCUUUUUUUUUAAUUUAGGCCCGACUUUGGCUCCACCUUUGCAGCCGAAGUUGCCCUGGGGGCCGGAAUUUUGGUUGGAAUACAAAAAUCAAAAGAAAUUAUAAUUUAAAAAAUAUUUUUUAAAUUUUAAACUUUCUAACUUUCAGGAAGACCCGGCCUUCUGGAAGGACUACCUAACAACUUGUCACAACACAGAAUGCGAUGCUCUACAACUUAUUUCCGGCUUUAACAACUUUCCAGCACCAAAAACUUAUUUUGUGCAAAAACGUGGAGUACCAUAUGACAAUGGAUUGGACAAGGAGCCCUCAGGCAUUAUCAUAAUGAGUGCUGUUGAUGGAGUCUCACUAAGUGAAUAUUCUUCAGCUACGAAAGAACAGUGUAUCAGUUUUGUUGAAGAUUUUGCAGUUUUUCAUGAUUAUAUUGCUCAACUGGAUGAUAAGAAAUGGAAAGACAAGUUUGAUAGUCAGAUUAACAUGGGAGAACAUUUGAGAGACGCUCAGAUUAGUGGAUUGAAGAGAAUGGCAGAUUGUUGUUCAGGUAAAACGUCAAGACAGUAAAUUUUAAAAAUCAAUUUGAAUUUGAAACUCAAAUUUCAAAAAAAUUUAAACUUUUUGUAAAAUACGAUUGUUUUAUUCCAAUGCUCUUUAGAACUAAAACAAGAUGUAGAAAAGCUAAUUAAUAUGGAUUACAAGACCUACAGUAAGUACGCUUUACAAACACGAGCUGAACAGCUCAAUGCUACUACUCUGAUACAUGGUGAUACUUGGAAUAACAACAUCUUCUUUAAUAGAAAUCCUGAUGGCAGUAUAGCUACUAAAGUCCUGGCUUACAUCGAUUUUCAAACAUUGUUUGAAGGUCUGUUUUACAAAUUUUAGCUUUAGUUUUAGUCAAUAAACUGUAAUCUAAAAUGUAUCUUGAAAUAAUAAUAUUUUACUUCAGGAUCACCAAUGUUUGAUGUUGCUAGAUUUGUGACGAUUUGUGCUGAUGCAGAAGUUCGACGUGAAGUUACUCCACUAUUCUUAGAAGCUUACUAUAAAAAAAUUGUCAGUUUAUACAAAAAGCGAGGGAAACAAGUGCCGUAUACGUUGGAAAAUGUGAGUUAUUAGUAAUAAUAUACAUAUAUACAUGUAAAUCUAGGAUUAAGGAGCUGAAACUGUUAAGUCAAAGCCAAACAAAUAAUUUUAGAAACUUAGGUUAGAAUAUAUAUUACCCUGUUCUCAAAUUACUUCUGAGCCUUUUCUGAAAACAUAUCAUUAUCAGUUUUAGUUACAAGAGUUAUAUGAACUGGCGUUUGCCCAUCAAGCCCAGGCUAUGGCCCUUAUGGCUAUGUUUUUUUCUGAAGAUACUACUGUGGAUAAAGAUGUUGCUGAAGCCCGAAAAGAUAAAAUUAAUCUACGAACCAAGUUUGCGCUACAAGAUUCGAUCAAAAUUCUCAAAAAUCGAAAUUUAACUAAUUUCUUUAACAAGUUGUAA